CUAGGCUAUCGGGGCAUGGUCUAUAUAGGCACUGAGCUGGUGUAUAAGCCGCCCAAUGGCUCUAGCCUUGGGCAACAGGCGCGAAUUUUGAAAAAGCCCAGCGCCAGCGCCAGACGAAGCCUACUCUCGCCGAGCGGCAUGAUCAUCCCCGUGCGCUGCUUCACCUGCGGCAAAGUCACGGGCGACAAGCACAUUGCCUACCUGGCGUUGCUCGAGGGCGGAGCAACCGAAAAUGAGGCGUUGAGUACGCUCGGACUGAGGAGGUACUGCUGCCGACGGAUGGUUCUGACGCAUGUCGACCUCAUCGAGAAGUUGCUACAUUACAAUCCGUACACGCGGAGUAAGAAGUAAGCAGACGAUAAUGGGGGGUGUGCAUGUAUCAUUGUAUCAGCUGUUGAGUUCAUCUAGCAUCUU